GAUUGGCAGUACUUAACGCGCUUACCCUGCCUAAGUUCGUUUGGUCGGUUGUGGCUUGUUAGUUGGUGUGCAUUACUCCAAAUUUAACAAACAUGGCGACUGUUGAUCGUCUUUAUACAUUGUAUAACAUCAUCUCGGAUGCCAAAGACAAAGCGCCCGAGCAUAAGAAGGAGUUUGCCGAGAUACUUACAGGUGUUAAGGGAGGCCCUGGAGAAAGACGGCUAACUUCUCAGUUCAUUGCUAGAUUUUAUACAUACUUCCCAGAACAUCAGGAUCAGGCACUGAAUACAUUAUUUGACCUUUGUGAAGAUGAUGAUGUUGCGAUUCGCAAACAAGCCAUCAAAGACCUACCCACACUGUGCAAGGGGAAAACAGAGUUGGUUCCCAAGGUAGCAGACAUCUUGGCUCAACUGCUUCAAAUGGAAGAUAGUGGCGAGCUAACCACAGUACAAAAUUCUCUUGUACAGCUUCUCAAGACUGAUGCCAAAGGAACACUUACGGGGCUGUUCUACCAGAUUCAACAUAGUGAAGAUGAAUUGGUCAGAGAACGUUGCAUCAGAUUUCUUCAUUCAAAGAUAAAGAUUUUAGGGCCAAAUGUCUUUAAUACAGAAGUUGAAAACCUGGUUUUGACUGAGGCUAAGAAAGUUUUGACAGCAGCACUUUCUGAAGACGAGUUUGUCCUUAUGAUGGGAAUUCUGAAGGAGUUGAAAGUUUGUAAGAACGUUAAGGGCUACCAACAAAUGGUGGAAUUGGUUGCUGAACAAGUAGACUUUGCUCGUCCUUUGGAUGCUACAGAUCUGGAAAGUGUUCAUCGUUUGGCAGCUUGCACCAAACAGGCUCUUCCUUAUUUCUCGCACACUAUCAAGUCCACAAAAUUUGUUGAAUACAUGUGGCGUGAGGUGGUGCCAGCCUUGGACACACUGCAGGCCGGAGCUACUGAAGCUAACAAUAAUGCUGCAUUAAUCCUUGACUUGCUAAAGGUCAUGGCUGAGCUGGUCCCUUAUGCUGGAACAGUUGAAAGUCUAGAAGCCAAAGUCAAAGCUAUAUAUGCUAAAUUACUGGAUGUCAUGCCUCUACCCCCAGAAGGGGAGGCAGCAACACAAGCCUUGGAAGGAGGUGUCAGUCUAGAAUUUUCAAGAGUUGAGUGUCUCCUUUUCAUUUUCCAUCAUCUAGCCAGAAACCAUGCCGAUUUCUUGGCAAAUGAUGCUGAUCGAUUGAAGGACUUCCGGACCAGGUUACAAUAUUUUGCUCGUGUUUCACAAGCUUACCAGAAGCGUCUGCGUGAGGCAGUGUCAAAUAAAUCUGGUGCGGAACUGAAGACUGAAGAAAACAAGAUCAAAUUGAUUGCCUUGAAAACUACAGCAAAUAUAAACAUCCUAAUUAAGGAUCUGUUUCAUCAGCCACCAUCUUACAAGGCAAAGAUAUCACUUUCUUGGAAACCUGUGUCUGGGUCAUCUGCAUCCAAUGUUGCUAAUGGUACUGAGAAGAGACACACACCUAUAAAGUUUGAUGAAAAAGAUGCCAAGAAGCCGAAGACUGACCGUCAGAUUUAUGCCCCACCUCGCGACAAAUACAGUCAAAAAGCAGGCCAGUACUCAGGUGGUGGUGGUGGUGGUGGUGGUGCACGUGGCCGCAGCAGGAGCCGUGGGAGAGGAUUUGGAUCCAAUCGAGGAGGAUCUUUCAGAGGUGGAUUCAGGGGAAGACGUGGUGGCUACAGAAAUUAUUAGCUUAUCCCCUUGCUGUCAAAAUCACCUAUUUGGGUGAUAGAAGAUGUAACAUUUUGAACUUCUGUUAAAAUUACAAAACACAAAUUUAAGGUUUGCAAGUUGGAAGUACUUUGAAUGUCAAGUGGAAAUGUUAACUUUAUCAGUGAUAUAAGGUAUAUCACUUAUUUUUGGAUUUAUUUCAAUAGAUUUAUUUACUUGGCAAACCCAGAGGUUUUUUUAUGUUUAACCUUGUAACAAGGAAAGAAAGUUAACCUAGGAUACCUUGGAGCUAGUAUUUGUAUUGAUAAAGGAGAUAUGUGUAUUUCUCUCCAUGCAAUUGAGAGGUGUCUUAACUUUACUGUUGAAGGCAUUAAAUCCAGUUAUAGGUUUAGUGUAUCCUUUUGAAAAUAAGCUAAGUCUUGGGACCAUAAGGCCAAUUGUCAAAUGCUGCAUUUGAAAAUAUUUUCCUUCAGUUAUCUGCACUUUGUUCUAUUCCCAUUAGCUAAUAAUCCUCUGUUUUGGUAGGUUUACAUGUAGCACUGGUUAUGCCCCUCUUUUGGUUUUUCUAAAGAAUUAAGAUUUGUAAACUUUCUGGCCUGUGGAAUGUCCUUAUUACAAGACAUCCCUUUCAAGAGUACCUGUGUAUUGAAUUGAAGCAGUUAGUUGUAAGCAGUGAAUCGGAUAUUGUUUUAAGAUGGAAAUAAUUUAUAGAUUGGUGUAUUAGCCUCAACCACAAUUAAGUUUAGAAAGAUGUGGCUCCUUUCCUUUUUCCUGCUCCCUCUCCCCACUUAGUCAUAUUGUGAAUGAGACUUGGAAGUACAGUACAGUAUGCAACAAGAAGCCGUCAGGGAUUUUUCUUUCGAGUGGUGUGAUAACUAGUGGUUCAUGCUGCCGUUGCUUCGAGGUUUAAGGAGAGCAGAAGAUUCUGCGCCUCGUCUGCUGGAUAGUUCUGCCACAGGCUUCGCCACUUCUGCACCAUGAAGUCAAGUUAGAAAUAAAUUUCUAUGGGAAAUGCAUGUAAAAUCAUACUCUUGGUUUAUGUGAAGCCUUAGUUUAGAUUUUUUAUUUUCCCCCUCCAGGAAUAUGCUUUCGUUAAAAAAGUUUUCUUAGGUGAAGAUGAAGGUGACCAGGUUGCAGGCUUUUCUACAUAGCUUUGGGUGGCCUGAAAAUUUAUAUAGUGAUACUUCUUCAGUAAUAGUUUAAUGGCAUGUAAAUGUAUUGAGGAUUUAACAUUAAAAACCCAUUGCUAGUAAAGAAAUAUAUGUAAAAAAUUAACAUUGUUACUGAAGGAGUAUUUUAUUAUAUGUCUUUGAACAUUGACUAAUUAAGUAAAUAAUAAAGCUGGAGUAUUUGAUUUUUUCAGACUUUAGAAUUGAGUGGGAGAAUAGUGCAGUCUAUUAAAAACAAUUUUUUUCUGCUGUUGAACAAUAUUUAUGUAUGUUGAAGGUACACAACUUGGCAGUGGUGUAGGAUAACAAAUUGGACUAAAAGCAUUCUUGUAUUUUGUAAGUUCUUGUAACCAGAAACUUCUUUCAGUUUUAGGUGCUUUUUUCUACUGACGGGUGUUGCAGUUAAAGACCUUGAUUGUGGAGGAGGCUCGCUUCAUUAAUUUGUUCAACUUUUCUCUCAGGUGCUGUUAUUUUCUAAUUUCCUAAUUUUUUCCGAAGGUGGAUUUUCUUCAAAGGGAAGCAGCAGAAAGAUUGUAUAUAUAAAAUAUUUCUUUAGUUUUAAGGAUGAGAUUUAUUCCAGAUUUGCUUGUUAUGCAUUUAUAAAGUACUGUAGGCCUGCAGCAACAUAAGGAGUAUGAUUUUACAUGUAAUUUACCAAGCUGUAAUUUUCAUUAAAUUUUAUAUUCCCUUUGUGUAGAACUUGUUGAAAGCAUCAAUGAAAUCUUGUUAUUGUUCAUAAAAUUACAUCCUGCAAAACUGUAUUGUGUAACUUUGGCACCAGUAAGAAUAAAUAUUUCUUAAUGUACAA